GAAGAGCUGUUGGUGUUUCGACAGGAAAAUCUUGCUUAUAAACCACAUUGAUGUAACUGAUCCUGUUCGUAGAAAUUGAUUAAAAGACGCGAACAAGAGCAAUUAGAUCAACGGCGUUGUUAAGCGAAGAACGCUUGGAAUAGGGAACACAGUGGCUCACACUCCAAAGCUUGUCAGUGGUACCGGCUGCUAAGGUACCGGUGAGACCCGUAAUGCAGAAUUCAGCUCUUUUGCCCACGUUCACGACCGGAAGUCUCCCUAAGUUCUUGUUUCGGGAGUUUCUGUACAGAUAACUAACGACAAUUGGCGGAGAAUCGCCUUCUUCGAGCUGGAGAUUCAGCUGAAAGAAUGGCGGACGAUACAAACACAUCGGUGACCAUAUGGACGGAUGGUGAUAUACCAAGAUACGAGGAUUUGAGAGCGUUACAAGGUGCCUUGUACUCGUUCGCAAUCAGUUCGAGGCUAAUUCUCGCAGCCAUGACAGUCGACCGCGCCUUCGCAGUGAUGUUUCCGCUGAAAGCCAAGGUUUUAUGCUCAGCCUCGAGGGCGAAGAGAACAGUCAUUAUUUUAACUCUACUCUCGGUGACAUGGAACGUACACUUUUUCUUCAUGGCUGAAUUUCAGUUUGAGGGAACAGAACAUGAAAUAAUCCUCUAUCCUUAUUUACCCGCUUUCCCGCUCGUAGAACAAAUUGUUUCCUUCGUCACUUUGGGGCUCGGGGUUAUUAUUCCUUUCGCCGUCAUCAUCAUAUCAAAUAUUUUGAUUAUAACACAUUUCAAGCGGGCAAGUAUUUCACGAAAUAAGAUGGCCGAAUCGGAAGCUGGAAAAGCGCCUGAAAACGGUCAUCUUGUUAGAAUGCUAAUUUCUGUAUCUCUAGCGUUCGUUAUAUUAUGUCUGCCGUACAGCGUCAAAGAUAUCGUUAUGAUUUUCCCAGAGAUGGCCGCUAUUUACGACCUGAGCGACCCCUAUUGGGUUUGGCGGUUGAGUGUAAUUCAUGAAUCGUUUGCGGUUUCUACGACUACAAAUCAUGCUGUGAACUUCUAUAUCUACGUUCUCGGGGGCGGCCAGCGGUACAGAACUGAAGCAAGGAAUGCUCUGAAGUGCACGGCCCGCACUAAUGGAAGGAGGAAUUAUUAACGUGCAUGCAUCCCUACUGUGGCAUUGUCUGCUAAGAAAUGCGAUCCAGCAUGGCGUCGUCGGCACGGCACGGCCCAUUAAUACAUUCUCGUCAUGAUUAUCCCGGAGAUGGCCGCUAUUUACGACCUGAGCGACCCCUAUUGGGUUUGGCGGUUGAGUGUAAUUCAUGAAUCGUUUGCGGUUUCUACGAUGACAAAUCAUGCUGUGAACUUCUAUAUCUACGUUCUCGGGGGCGGCCAGCGGUACAGAACUGAAGCAAGGAAUGCUCUGAAGUGCAGCCCGCACUCCAUUCACACAUUCUCCUCAUUGCGAUUCACUAUCCCGCUCCUUAUAGACACACAACCGGUAUAGAACGUAUGCUGAUGAUGCCUGGCUACUGACACCAACCAGCAACCCCACGGACAACAUGCUAUACCCAAAAACUAGGUUUUCACCACUAUAGAACACCUGUACUGGGCGGACCGGGUUUUUUAAAACCGAAGACCAUUUUCAGCAGGAUCACGGUUAACGUUAAUGCAAGCGACUACCACAACAGAUAUUUUGUGACGCAAAUUAUUAAAAGAGUUCUAAUUAUAAAAGUACGCACUUUUUUUCUUGUUUAAUAACUAUCUAAUUGUUAAUUUUAUAUUUUUAUUAUAUAUAAAAUGUUAAAAUAUUGAUAAUCUAGUAUCAAAUUGGUAUUUUAUUGAACUAUGGAACAUGUGAGUUUUUAAAAAUCGCCUCACUUUUGUAACUCAGUUGAUUUAAAAAAUAAAAUGGCGAACUUUCUUUGUUCAUUCCCGCAUUUAGAGCAUAAACCUCAAAUUUCUAUCUGCCUUGGCCCUUGACAUGCUUGAAACUCUUAUGAAAGAUGUCUGAACUGAGCAACAGUGGCGCUGGUGAUAGGAGUGUGAAGUCGGUGAAUCCGUGUCUCGGACAGCAUAAAGGCAGCAAAGAUGACUUUGAUGAAUCAUCUGGGGUUGAUAUCAAGAAAGAACCUGAUGAACUGGCCUGUGGUCUCUAUGGUUCAUAUGAACCACAUCCUUCCAUUGAUGCACAUGAUCAGUUGACGACUGCUAAUUUCAAAACCGGGCUGGACUCCAUUGAUCAGUUUAGUUCAAACAUUAAAACGGAGGUCGACUCUUGUGAUGAGUUUAGUUCAAACAUUAAAACAGAGGUGGACUCUGCAGAAGGUGAUGCACAUGAGCCCGAUCAUGAUCCAGCUCGUGAUCUAGGCGAAGUGAAGGUAAAGUGUGAACCAGCUGAUGACUAUGGAUUUGAGCCAGGUUCAAGAUCUGAUGAGUUGGAAGAAGCUGGAACUGAUUUGGGGCCGGUUCCGCUCAACCUGAUACCGGCUGCAAGAAGCCAAGGUCUGCUGAGAAUUGACAUUGAAGACCCGCUUCACCCUGUACCUCGUGGAGGUCGUGUGAAGGAGGAGCCUCUGGAAGGAGACAUGGAGGAGAGCUUGUCUGGUUUCGAUGGAGAUGCAGCCUCCGGUGAUCAGAAUAUGGAAGAUGAUGAAACCGUUUCAUCCCAACUGGACCACAGCGAUGAGCUCAAGUCAAAGAGUCCUGUUAGAGAGAAUGAUCGGUCCAAUGCAAUGGAAGAGCCAACUGUGAUGAAGUCACAUGUCUGUCACCUUUGUGGUAAAGCAUUCAAGCGGAGAUAUGAUUUGACACGACAUGAGCGGAUCCAUACAGGAGAGAAGCCAUUCCAAUGUGACCAGUGUGAUAAGACCUUUGUGUGCAGUAGCGAUCGUACGAGGCAUGAGCGUAUUCACACUGGAGAAAAACCAUAUGCCUGUGAUCAGUGUGAUAAAACAUUCACGUGGAGUAUCUCUCUAAAUCAACAUCGAUUAACUCAUGAAUCGGGCACAGAGCGACCUUUUGCCUGUGAUCAGUGUGACGAAACAUUUAAAUGGAAUAAUGCUCUAAAUAGACAUAAACGUGUUCAUACAGUAGAAAAAUCAAUUGCCUGUGACAAGUGCGAGAAAACAUUCAAAGAUGAAGUUUCCCUUGCUAAACAUGAGUGUAUUCAUACUGGAGAAAAACCAUUUGCUUGUGACUGUUGUGAUACAAUAUUCAAAGAUGAGAAUGAACUUACUCAACAUGUAUGUAUUCAUGCAGGAGAAAAACCAUUUGCCUGUGACCAGUGUGAUGGAACUUUUUCAUGUAGUAAUGCUCUUAAUCAGCAUAAACUAACUCAUACAGUGAAACAACCAUUCAAGUCAGACAGUCUGAUGAGCAAGGAGUGCGGUUCUUUGCUCAGGGAUUACCAGAUUGCUGUAGAGAAGAAUAAGCCUUAUGUCUGUGGCAUUUGUUCUAAAGGAUUCGGCCAGAAGUAUGAUCUAACUCGCCAUGAGCGUAUUCAUACUGGAGAGAAGCCAUUCAGAUGUGUCCUGUGUGGGAAAACUUUUGGAAGUAAUAGUGAUCUCACUAGACAUAAACGUAUUCACACAGGAGAGAAACCAUUUGCCUGUGACAAGUGUAAUAAAGCAUUUAAAGACAAGGGUGACCUUUCUAAACAUAAGCGUAUUCACACUGGAGAAAAACCAUUUGCCUGUGACCAGUGCGAUAAAACAUUCACAUGGAGUAUUUCUCUAAAUCAACACAGACUAACUCAUAUCGCAGAAAGACCAUUUGCUUGUGACCAGUGCGAUAAAACUUUCAAGUGGAGUAGUGGUCUCUCAAACCAUAAAGCUAUAAUUCAUACCGGAGAAAUAAAAAAACGAGUCGCCCGGCCUCGGAAGAAGGCAACUAUAACAUGGACAGUCACUGUCAAUAGUGGGCUUUGUACUGACAAAUCAAAAUCAGCCUUGUUGGGUGAUAGUGAUCUGUUGGGACCGUAUCAUAUCAAGGGAGUAGAAAGAACAUAUACCUGUGACGAGUGUGGAAGGACAUUCACACAGCGUAACAGCCUCAAUGAUCAUAAACGGACUCACACAGGAGAAAAACCAUUUGCCUGUGAUGUUUGUAAUAAAACGUUUACGCAGAGUAGUACGCUUUAUCAGCACAAACGGACGCACUCGGAAGAAAGACUGUAUGCCUGUGACCGGUGUGGAAAAACAUUCAAGUGGAGUAGUGCACUUACCAAACAUAGGCGGACCCAUACUGGUGAAAGACCAUUUGCCUGUGACCUGUGUAAUAAGACAUUUACGCAACGUGGCAGUCUGAAUGAGCACAAGUUCAUUCAUACUGGAGAAAGACUCUUUGAAUGUAACAAGUGUCACAAAACGUUUAUACAGCGCAGAGGGCUUCAUAAGCAUAAAUGUCCCAUGGCCCAUGAGAUUAGACUCCCUCUCAAAGGAGACAUCCCCAUGCUGGAGAAAGACGAUUUGCCUGUGAUCAGUGUUACAGAUGCAGUGGUCACCUGAUGAAACAUAAAGGCUAUCAAGGAAGACUGUAUGCCUGUGGUCAUUGUGAUAAAAAAGGGACUUGACGACCUUCUUUCAAUAGUGUCUUCAUGAGUGUAAUCCAAAGUCCUACUGCUGAGAAUAUUGAUUAUUUGUUUAGAUUCUGU